AUGGAUGACCAUUUUAGUAAAAAGUUUCUUGAUGUUACAUUUGAAUUAAGUUCAACAAAAUAUGAAGCUGUAGAAAAUAUUGGAAAUGGAGCAUAUGGCGUUGUUUGUCUGGCUUUGAACAAAAAAACUGGUGAUAAUGUGGCAAUUAAAAAAAUUGCAGAUGUAUUUAAACAUUGUUUAUUAGCAAAACGUACCUUUCGUGAAAUUAAAAUAUUAAAGUAUCUUAAACAUGAAAAUAUCAUUGCUAUUCGAGAUAUAUUUACAACAAAUAAAGAUAAUGAAACUGAAGUAGAGAAGGAACAGAAUACGUCGAUAAAGGAUGUAUAUAUUGUAUUUGAUUAUAUGUAUACUGAUUUACAAAAAAUUAUGCAAUCUAAUCAAGUAUUAUCAAUUGAUCAUAUUAAGUAUGUCUAUUACACAUGUCAACAUUAUAUAAUUCAUCGCGAUUUAAAACCAUCAAAUAUUUUAGUGAAUCAAACGUGUGAUUUGAAAAUAGCUGAUUUUGGUAUGGCACGACAGUAUCGACAACAUGAUCAAACACAAUAUGUUGUGACUAGAUGGUAUAGAGCUCCAGAAGUGAUACUUGGCUACACAGAAUACAAUCAGUCAAUUGAUAUAUGGUCUGCAGGCUGUAUACUAGCAGAAAUGUUUGGACGAAAACCAUUAUUCUCGGGUGCCGAUACUCUGGCACAAUUGAAACUCAUCUUCGUUAUAUUAGGAACGCCAUCGAAACAAUUUUUAAAUUCGUUACACAGUGAUGUUUUUCGACGAAUUAUAUUGAGUGCUGGUAGUAAUCGAGAACCAGUUAAUUUUCAAAAACUCUAUCCAAAUGCAAGUAGCCAAGGCAUUGAUUUGCUUUGUAAAAUGCUGAUUGUUGAUCCUGUACAUCGAAUUAGUGCAGAAAAUACGUUAAAACAUGAUUUCAUUAAAGAAUUUGUUACUGAUAAUGAUCAAAUAGUGAAAAAUGAAAGCUUUGAUUUUACUUUUGAAAGACAGAAUUGGACUGUUGAACAAGUAAAAAAUGCGAUUUUAGAAGAAGUACAAAGUUUUCGUCAAUCCAAUUACCGUUAUAAAACAAAUGAUACCAAAACAAAUGAAAAAAAUAUUGGUGAUCCAUUAUCCGCUGAGACGUUUUGUAAUAAAAGUAAAAAUGACACUGAUUUGCCAUCAUUAUCACCAUUAGAAAUGGAUCGCUUAUUCUCAAAAGACACGCAAAGUAAACAAGAUUCUGUUAUUAUUAUUGAUUCUCCAUCCCCGAUUGAAAAAAAUUCAACAGUUAACAAGAUUCUUGAAAUUGAUCCAACACGAUUACUAAUCAAACGAAAAUAUUCAAAAAGAUGUGAAAAACAUUUACAACGUAAACGAACACAUCAACAUUUCAAUGAUAAUAACAAAAAGCCAGUAGUAGUCACAGACGGAGUUUGUGAAGAAAUUGUUGCCAGUCCUUAA